UCCUGUGCUGCAUCUCUGCUUUCUGAGAGGCGCGUUUAAAUACAGGCUGGAGACGCAGCCUUCCAGUGCGCUCCGUGAGGCUGUGACAGCAGGAACGGGGCUUCUCAAGAGGCUUUUAUUAUUCCUUUUUGCAUUAAUUCCUCUUGAGAAAGGAAUUUGUUGGGAAGAAGGCUCUGAGACUGCAUGUCCCAACAGUACCAGCUGAAGGAGGCGAAGGCAGACGCGGUUUGCAUCGUACCUGGCUCUCCUCUCUUCUCUGUCCUCAUGGAGCCAGCUUCUUUUUGCUACCCCCAGCUCACCUUCCUGCGCUCGCCCUAUGGGCAGUUUGGGGCGAGUGCUGGCUCUUCGCAGGACCUGGCCCCGUGGCCUCAACGUUUAGUGCCUCAGAGAUGGAGUGGGCCAGUGAAUGAAUCUCCACCAGCAGCGAUGUCAAGGAAUGGAUACUUCUUUGAAGAGAGUGGGUACCUCAAGUGUGACACUGAUGAUGGCUGUGAGACCAAGGAGGAGACGGGAGGAGAGGAGCUCUUUGAUGCCGUGAACUCCUCCAUCGUUUCGGGAGACAGCAUACGGUUUUUUGUCAACGUCAACUUGGAGGUGCCACCCAACACUGCUGCUGAAAAUGAAAGUGCUGGCUGCGUAUUGCUACACACAUCAAGGAAGUACCUGAAAUUAAAGAAUUUUGAGGAAGAAGUCAGAGCCCACAGAGACCUGGAUGGGUUCUUGGCCAGAGCCAGCAUCAUCCUGGAUGAAACAGCCACCAGUUUGGAUGAUGUCCUUCGAGAGAUGCUGAAACAUUUUGCCGAAGACCCCGAGAACACGGAGCCAAGCUGUAACUUUGAAAAAAUCAUGAGCACUUUAUUCACGGAUUCAGGGACCCCGCGAGAAGGGAAUGGCAUCCAUGACGUUUCAGAGCCAACAGGAAUGAAUAUACAAACAUGUACAUCGCACCUCAAAUUUCACCUCUUAUCAGAUACAAUUCAAGGGGUCACAGCGACAGUCACAGGGGUGCAGUAUCAGCAGUCCUGGCUCUGUAUCAUUUGCACUAUAAAGUCCCUUCAGCGGCGUCAUGUUUGCAUCAGUCGCCUUGAGAGGCCUCAGAACUGGGGUGAGAACUCCUGUGAAGUCAGAUUUGUGAUAUUAGUCCUGGCACCUCCUAAAAUGAAAAGUACUAAAACAGCCACAGAAGUGGGCCGAACCUUUGCCACGAUGUUUUCGGAUAUAACCUUUCGGCAGAAACUGCUAGAAACCAAAACUGAAGAGGAGUUCAAGGAAGCCUUAGUCCACCAACGCCACUUGUUGACGGUGGUGAAUCAGAGACCCUCAGCAAUGAGCGACGGGCACAUGCCGCAUGGUUCGAAGCCACUCAAGCUGCAUGAGUUUCUCAAUGUUGGCAAGGGGAUUUUUGAUGACAUUGCACGAAGAUUUCCAGUGUACGCGUUGGACUUCACUGACGGUAUUAUUGGAAACAACAAGGCUAUAGGAAAAUACAUCACAACUAUGAUCUUUCUCUAUUUUGCCUGCCUCCUUCCAUCUAUUGCAUUUGGGUCCCUCAAUGAUGAAAACACCCGAGGAGCGAUUGAUGUGCAGAAGACAAUCGUUGGCCAGUGUAUUGGAGGGUUGCUUUAUGCACUCUUUUCUGGGCAACCUCUCGUCGUGCUCCUGACUACAGCUCCUUUAGCACUGUACAUUAAUGUCAUUCGAGGAAUCUGUGAUGACUACAACUUGGAUUUCAGUGCUUUCUACGCUUGGAUUGGACUGUGGAACAGCUUUUUCCUUGUGAUGUACUCCCUCUUUAAUUUCAGUCUUCUGAUGAAGCUCUUUAAAAGGUCAACAGAAGAAAUAAUUGCACUUUUUAUAUCAAUCACUUUUGUGCUUGACGCCUUCAAAGGCAUUAUUAAAGUUUUUAAGAAAUAUUACUACCAUGGGCGCACAGGAGACAGUUACUUGGAAAAAGCACGAGCUGAUGCUAUUCCAAGCCUCGGCAUCAAUACCACCUUCUUGAUGAAUUCAUCAGUGAGCAGAUCCAUGUCCCUAGAGAAUCAAACAGGCACGCAUGAUGUGCAUUAUGGACGUGAAACUGCCGUCCUUAGUCUCAUGUUGAUGUUGGGUACCCUUUGGCUUGGUCAUACGCUCUAUCAGUUUAAGAAAAGCCCAUAUUUGCACGCAAGAGUCCGUGAAAUUCUGUCCGACUGUGCCUUACCAAUUUCAGUUUUGACUUUUUCUGUUGUGGGUUCCUAUAUCUUCAAGGAAAUUGAAAUGUCCAAAUUUAACUACAACCCAUCUGAGAGCUUGUUUGUGCUGGCUCCUGUCCAGUCCCUCUCCAUUGGUUCAGUGAUGAGUGCAAUGGGGCUGGGGUUCCUCCUGUCAAUGCUCUUCUUCAUAGAGCAGAACAUUGUGGCAUCGCUCACAAACGCUCCAGAGAACAGGUUGGUGAAGGGAACAGCCUACCACUGGGACCUCCUGCUCGUGGCACUGAUAAACACGGGGCUGUCCAUCUUUGGCCUUCCAUGGAUCCAUGCUGCCUUCCCUCACUCUCCAAUGCAUGUCCGUGCUCUGGCUUACGUGGAGGAGAGGGUUGAAAAUGGGCACAUUUAUGAGACGAUUGUGAGCGUGAAGGAGACCCGGCUAACAAGUCUGGUGGCGAACUUCUUGGUUGGCCUUUCGCUCCUACUCCUUCCUUUCCCUCUCCAAUGGAUCCCCAAACCAGUCCUCUAUGGCCUCUUCCUCUAUAUUGCAUUAACCUCCAUUGAUGGGAACCAGCUCUUUGAGAGGGUGGCUCUGCUGCUCAAAGAACAGACUGCUUAUCCUCCGACACAUUACAUCCGCAGAGUGCCCCAGAGGAAGAUCCACUAUUUCACAGGCUUGCAGGUCCUGCAGCUCCUCAUUCUCUGUGGUUUUGGCAUGUCACCGUUGCCCUACAUGAAGAUGAUCUUCCCUCUCAUCAUGAUAGGAAUGAUCCCAAUCAGGUAUAACCUGCUCCCGAGAAUCAUUGAAGCCAAGUAUUUGGAUGCUAUGGAUGCAGAGCACUAAACAAGAUCUGCUGCAUGUGGAGCUAUGAGGAUGGCUCUUUUGGAGUUAGAUGGAUGGAGCAUCUUUGCUGAGGCAUAGAACAAUCUAUCUGCAGUUCUUUCUUUCACCACUUUCUUUCUGCUCUAAUAUGGCAUUGGUAAUGCACAUAUCAAAGACCAACUGAGCAUUGAAGUGUCAGACCAAAACAGCCAUGGACUUGGGAGGCCAGUGAUUGCUUGGAGCUGUGAGGCAAGCAAGCUCGAUGGAAAUGCCACUUCUCACAUCCUGAAACUGGAAACCCCAAAGAACAGCAUGCCAUAGAGUUGGAGCAUGCAUUCAGAGUUGUUGUGUGUUCCCUUGUUUGAGGGGUGGGGGAGAAAUUCCUUUUGUAUGCAUCAUGUCCCUUUUUUCCAAAGCACUAUAAGGACAACAGCUGACCCUUUUACAGGAUGACAGUCCUAUUUUGGCCUUUGAAUUCUAUUUCCUAUUAAUCCAGUAUUCCCAUAUUGGUAUUCCAGGUGGGAUGGCCUCAUGGUAAACUGUGUCAGGGGAAAUGUCUGACUGUCUUCUUCAGACUCAUUAGCAGGAGGGUCGGAAACAAGUUAGUUUGUACCAAUACAACCCACAGCUUUGGAUGAGUAUUUAAUUCCUACAGAUGACCUGGAAGCAUUCAGCAGUUGGGCUCACAUGGGUGAUGUUGGUGGAACUGCAUCUGGGUCUGAGCUACUUGGGAAUUAUUUGGGCUCUGUCUAAUUUUACCACUUGGUAAUCAAACACAGAAGUGUAGUUUUGCACAACUGCAACAUUUUUGCUCGCACCGGGUGUCAGAUGCUGAAACUCAAAGGGCAGUUGUGUUAACGAUUGCAUAUACAUAUGUACAGUAGUGCCUAUGUGUACAUAUAUACAUAUGGAUUUGUGUAUAUAUUUUGCAUAGAUAUUCAAAUAGGCCUGAUUCUUUCAAAAAAUAUCUGAAGUGUUUUGUGCAAUCAGUGUUACCUGUGGUGUCUUGACCAUAUUCUUGUUCUCUGCUUUAGUGCUGCUUUUCCUUAUUUGUUGUACGGUCACUUGUUUUUUUUUCCCUCUGAACCUGUUUGUUUACUGGUUUUUUUUCCACAUUUCCUUAUUCAAUACAUUUCUUUGCUUUCCUCUUCCCAUGGCUCGAGACCUUCAUCAUUCUGUCUUGAUGGUCUGAUACGUGAAUUUUGCAUUUAGUUUUAAUGUAUAGCAUGCAGUGAAAGUUCUCCUCCUUCUCCUAAUCAAUAUUUGUUGGUCAUUUCAUUGUUUCUGUUCUGUAACUAAUCUCCAAUUUUUUCCCCUCGCUCCCAGACAUUAUAUUAUAUUUCUGGAUGAAUCUAACUUCUGUAGUCUUUUAUACUUCAGUUUAUUUAAUUUUGCUUGUACAGUGGUCAGUUUCCUUAUCUGAAGUACUGUGAAACCAGCUGCCCUUUAGUUCAAUGCUUGCCCAUUGCUGCACGCUACAGAUUGCAGGUAAAACUUCAAGAAAAAGUGGAGUCCUGAAGAUUAAAAAAAAGCUUUCAAAACAGCAAAAAAAGAAAUGAGGAAAGGAGAAACUGUUUUGUGAAUUAGCAGAGAUAAAUGUUGCUUGCUUGCUCGGUUCCCUACAGGUUGGGCCUUUCUCUGCAUGAUGAGGAAGGCCAACUUUGUAACGAGGGAGGAGAGCUGCAGAGAAAACCUCUCAGCAUAUGAUAUGAACAGGCUCAAGCCACUGAAGAUUUGGUGUCUUUGUGCUAAAUAUCAGGUGGUAUUUCAUCUCAGUGUAGUUGCCUACAGUUAAAAUGUGUGUGUAAAGGUUUAUUUUCUUCUGGAAUCUCUUCAUCUUAAUGAAAGAGGGCAUUAAAUGUGCUCCCAAGAGUAUGCUCUUGUGGGCAUGGUCACUAAUGUCCCAGAGCUAUCACAGGGAAAGCUUUCAGCCUUCACAGCAAGCCAAGCAGCAGGGAAAGCCUUCAUAUCACAGCCCAUUCUCAUAUGAAUGCUGAGAAGGCUCCAGGUCAGGGUGACACUCCAGUAGAUGAAAGCAGGUAACCAUCACACACUGGGCUUUCGGUUGGUCCAGAAGGCAGCAGGAGUAACUCAUGUGAUGUCUGACACUAAGUGCAAAAUCUGUGCAUGGUUUCUGACUGCCUUCAUCAAUAUUUUGUAGGUUUUGAGUCAUUUUUGGUGGUGAAAUUGCUGAUGUCUGUUACCAACAUGUAGAAAGAGAAGGUGAGCAAUCAGCAAACAGGAUUUUGGGGACCUUGUAAAGGUAGUAAAAGCAUCUCUGAUCUCCAGUCAACAGAACAGGAUGACAGCAACAAAUACUUAUUGUGAAGGAGCAAUUGCACAAUUAACAAUGCUUAAAUCUGUUGUUGUGUUUUUUCCUGUGGAUGUUAGAUUUAACCAGAACUAGAAUGCGAAGCAUUAACUUAUGGUCAAGUAAAAUGUUACCUGCAGGUGUCCUGGGAGUAUAUUGCAGGUGUCUCAGCUCUUGGCUGGGAGAAGUCACCCUUCAGGGUAGUUUGAACUGUACUGUGGAUGCUGUGGUUGGAAAGAGGAGACAGUGUGCCUGCUGGGAUGUACCUCUGGUCUUAUGUGAGGAAGAACAGAGGUCCUGGAUGAAAUCCCCCUUCAAUACAGAGCAGCUGAGAUGGGCUGGCGUGCAGGUGUUGCAAGAAGCUUUAAUUUAGAGAUGCACCCUCCAACCCUCUGCUCCCAAGGACCAAAAGGGGACUAUGACAACUUGAAAAUGUCAAUUUCAGAGUCAAACUUAGUUGAAGGUCACUUAAAAUUCAGAUGGCUGGGGAGGUGUGUGGGGGGGGGAGGAAAUAACCAUCACAAUUAUUGGGUGGGUUUUCAUUGCUGUUGCUUUACCAGUAUGACUUCAGCAUUUGCAUUUUCUCAGCAUCCCUAAGGUUCUGUUUCGCAAAGUUUUCUUUCUACAGAAUGCACGGGCCAAAGAAUCAAGUGAUGGGGCUGGUUUAGCCUGUGUGUUUUGGACCCGUGUCUAAAGAUGUGGGUAGCAGAGAGAUGUGAGGCUACCAAGGCCUCGUGGCUGUCAAGGGGUCUCAAUAGUCCUGCAGAGGAUUUUCCUUCUACAAGUACCUUUUCUCUUGUUUGCUUCUGGUUUUGCUGAUGUAUGUGUAAGCGUCUCCAUGAAGUAGGCUAGUUAGGGAAGGGAGGGACUGUUCAGAGUCGAUCGAGCACUUUAAUACUUCUGUGAAGGUUAAGACAGUUAGAAUGUAAAAGAAGUUUUAUUAUAAGCUCUUUAUAUACGCACAAUGCUAUGUAUAACUGUUGCCAAAGAGUUGGGUUUGAAGGAUGUCGGUAGAUAUUGAGAGAGUCCGUGAUGCUCACCUGGAACCACAGAGGUCAUUGAAUGCUUCUGAAAUAAAUGGAUUUUUGGGAGUUAUCUUCUAACAGUUGCCAAAGCAAUGGGGAACUGGGAAUAGAAUAAACUUCUCAAAUUUGUAGUUUUUGAUCCUUGCACUGAAUGUAGGAGCUAGAAAUUAGCUUGAUAAUUAAAAUUGGAUUUAUACCUGAA